GCAAAGCAAAUGAAAUAUUGCAAUCGUAUCCAGCGUACAUGGUGAAGGAAGACAAAGGAUUCGACUUCGUAGACAACUACGGAGGCCCACCGCAGUCCACAAUCGGCAGUUCAGCACGACGAAUACAGGCACAACUGCCAGCAGAACCUCCGGCAUGCGUUCAGAAUGCCAUGAUGCGUCGGGACAAACAACCCUUCACCUACACACCAGGUGGAAUCGACCUGUCACAAAUUAAGUCACCGCGCAUGGCUAAGCGAAUAUCGCGCAACGCACAGUCGGAGGGAGUAGCAGGACAACCGAAAGUUUCGCCAUUAGCACAGAAUAAUGGUAGUAGUAGUAAUAACAGUAACGGUAAUGGUCAGAUAGCAGUAUCACCUGCGGCAACAUUAGGAGCCGCCGCCAUGGGUAUGCCUUUCCAGGUAUUUCCUAAUGAACCACCUGCACCUCCACCACCACCUCCACCCAGUAUGGCUAAGUUGUCGCCACCGGGCCAGACAAAUGGUAAUGGUGCCCCAGCACCGCCACCUCCACCGCCCCCGUCAGCAUCGUCUUCAGAGAAAAAGACUGCAAGGCCAAAGGUUUUUGAGCCUCCUCCAAUGGGUUGUAGACCAGAAAUCAAAAUUCCACCUAAUCCAAUGGCGAGUCUUCGGAAGGCACCAAGACCUCAGCCAAAGAACGACUUCUGGAUCGAAGAGUAUCGCAAUGAGAAACUCAAUGAAAUGCCUAAUCGACCACCCCAAACAUUGUUUCACAGCAAUAGAGAAACAGACGAUGAAGUCGCCAAAAACACACAGAACCGUACAGAAGAACUCACAGCUCCGAUUGAAUCACCAAAGAAACGAUCACCAAGCCCAUCCAAUUUAACUAAAUUGCUCGAAAACGGUUCACGGGUGUCGUCUAUCAAGACACCCCCUGUCUAUAGUCAGAGUCCAAUUCCAGCCAGUCUUCCACCCCCAAUAACACCCAUAAAAGUGUCACACCCACUAUCCGAUCCAUCUAUCAGCUCCUCUGAAACACCACAACAGGACAAAGAACAUUCUUCUAAACAGCAGGUUUCACCAUCAUCAACACCUUCACCAACAAUCAAUGGCACUAACACCAGAUAUAACAACAGCACAAGCAAUUCUGGGGCUACCGGUGUAAAACCGCCUACAGCACAGAAACCGGCCCCUCAAGCCUUAGGUUCACUCUAUAUUCCACCAGCUCAUGAAGUAUUUGCUAACAGCAAGCAAACUCUCCUCAAUCAAACAAGUCCACCAUGGAUGUCAUCUCGCCAGAAUAGUGUAAAAGAACAACCCGAAUGGGUUCAUAAAGAAGACCCUGAUUUUCCUGACUCAAAAUCACGGGUGUCUACUUCUAACCUUAAAGAAUCAUCUUCCAAAACAUCGGAAACGGUUGCUGCAGCCACUCCCAGCACAGUCAAAUCCGCUCCAUUGACCACACCAGAGAUAUCGCCACAAGCUAGCGAAUCCCAAGCAGUACCACAAACACACUAUAUACAGCUGCAAUCUCCAGCAUCCAAAUCAGCCCCCGUUACGCAACAGUCCGCAGCCACAAUGCCGAUUAACCGGAGCUAUCCACAAACUCCAGUGUAUGUGCAAAAUCAAAUGUAUUCACCCCAACCGAUUGCGUCACAAAAGGAACGCAUCAUACCGAUACAAAUUGAGCAAUCGCCUGUCAAAGCACCGGCUUCCGCACCAAGUUACGCACCGCCACCAUAUUACAGUCCGGGACCACAAUACAGCAACGUUCAGUCUCCAAUCACAGUCGGUUACCCGGUACCACAUAGCGGAUAUACAACACCCACUGCAAUGUUUACCAAUCCAAAUCACUUUGUAAAUCAAGGCUACAACAACAUAACGUAUCCGCCACCAUCACCACAGCAUGUUAUUUACCAGCAGCAUCAUCAACACUACCAACCACCACCGUCUCAGCAGUAUCAGCAACAACAAUAUCAACAAAUGAUGCAACAACAACAACAACAACAACAACAGCAACAGCGAAUGCAGCAACAAACGCCUACUCAACAACAACAACAACAGCCAGCAAGCGUACGCAUUGUACCGAUCAAGGUUGAAGAUUCGGAGAAUGAAGCUAGUGCGACGAACCUCCGCGGACCUCUAUCGCAAACGCCUGCGAUCAUUCAAAGUGGUGAUCAUAGAUAUAUCAUUCACGACAUCCCGCUAGAAGCAAAGCUUCGUUUCCUUAAAAAUAGACUCAGUGAUCCACGAAGCAGUAACAAUCCACAGUCGUGGAAUGGUGCGACUACACCAAAUCAGUCUCGGUCGUUUAGAGUGCUUCAACAGAUAACAGACACGAUGGAAGAAGGUGAGGCUAAAUCGAAACCUUCGACGCCCGGUAACGAACAACAGCGCAAUUCAGCGGAUAAUCAACUCAAGCGGAUGCAGCUAAACGACGAAGAUAAAGCCAUGCUUAAUCGAGUCAAAACCCAAGUCGAUGGAGAAGUAUAUCUCCAUAACGAGGAAGACCCUCGAUAUCGAGGAGCCGCGAUACCUUCGAAGGCGUUCCGGUAUCUGCAAAACAUGACCGAUGGCGGGCAGCCUUCAUGUCCGAGCAAUGCUGGCUCAGUGAAUCGUCCCAAACAAAUGUUUGUGCAAAAUCGUGGCAAUUUUAGUGAAUCAGAAGAUGAUCAACCGCAACAAUAUGUGCCCCCCAGUGAACAAAAAGUGGAAGAACCUAAAAAAUAUACUGGAAGUGCUAUCCCUAGCCGAUCGUUCAAAAUACUACAAGCAAUGACACAAUCAGACGCUCCCGCCGAUACAAAUUCCUCUGACACUGAAGGUAAUCAAAAUUUACCGUGCAGCGGCGAAGUCCGAUACUCACCAUAUCCAUAUCCACCUCAACCUCACUAUUGUUGUAAUCCAAAUUGGCAUUAUUAUGAUCCUGGUAAUCCGCAAUACUAUCCCCAUCCUCCAUUGCAACCAGCACCUCAUCAUGCACCCGGUUACUACUAUCCUCCUCUUCCACCCCCUCCAUUACCACCACAUGGUCACUACGAGCGCGGUGCCUACUACGCGGGUUACAUGUCACCACAUCACUUUUACUACCCUCAAGAACCAUGCUCACCCUGUACGCCUCCACCAUAUUAUCAGAUAGGGCACCCACAAUUCGCCUACUGUGAAAACAUCGCUUCGGAUUCACCGACUCAUACUUACAUCAUCACGACACCACCGCCGCGAAUCGUAGUCACACCAACUCCCGAGGACACCUCCGACGUUGAGUCCAUUCUGAGCGAACUUAACAACCGACCACAUCCACUAACUCGAUCCCAGAGCAGCUUGCAGCGUCUGUCGGAACGAUUGGCCAACUUUAGUUCCUCGCCGGAAGCUUUCUUUCCACCGGACGAAGGCUCAAUAGUCCGAUGUUCGCCCAGCAGCCCACUGAAUGAAAGGUAUCGUACUUUUGAAGAGAGUACUCUGGCGACACCUCCCCCCAAGUCCGUCUGUUCGGAUUCGGAUGGGGAAGGUGCAAUGAGAAAAAUCGAUACUCCAGAAGAAAAACAGCUAGAAAAUGAACCAAGUAAUUCUAAUGAACUGGCUGACAGUGAGGAAGAAGACUCCAAUGAGGAAAGCGAAGACGAGGAAACAGUAGGAUGUGACAAUAAUCCACCGGAGCAUUUGCCCCACCAGCUGAGCGUAAUAUUCGAAGAGGAAAGCAACUAUACGUGUUCAGUUAACCCUAGCCGAAGGGAAAGUAUUUGCAGCAAUAGUUCCACGUUAAGCGAUUGCUCAUCUACACUGGCAAAUGAUCUCGAUAUGGACAACCACGAACCACUAGCAAAUACCAGCAAUGGGAAUCAAACGGAUGACGACAUAGAUCAUCUUGAGGAUGAAUACGAUACGCUAAAGAAAAAUGACAUUGAAGAAAUAAAUCUUGAUAAUGGUUCUAAUGAGUCAGAGGAAAGUUAUGAGUCAGAGUCAGAGGAUGAAAGCAAUGCAGAGGAGGAGGAGGAUGAUACGGAUAUUAAAGGAGUGAAUAUCGAAAAGAAGGCUGCGAAUGAACUAUUUGACACGAAGGAGAAGGAAGAAGAGGAGGAAGAGGAAGAAGAAGAGGAAGUAAGUAGUGAAAGUGAAGAAGAUACAGAUGGCGAUGAAGAUAAUCGUCAAAACGUGAAAGGCUCCACGGUCGAGACGGUUAACAAUAAUACUCAUGCAGAUGUAACAGUCACUAUCACUAUUCCCUCGUCAAGUAGUAAAUCGAUGGAUGAAGUUGACAAUACAGCAGGGAAGAAACACGCUCAAAAAUUCUCACUAGACUAUGAGGAAGAUACGCAAGUGUCAGUAUCCGUUUCUUUACCGCUGAAAACAAAAGCAACGACAAGUAGCGAAACUUUUUGUUCGGCAGAACAAUCUGAAGAUGAUAAGGAACAGAAAGAUGCAACCGAAGACGUCACUCAAAAUGACGAAGAAGAAAUAGACUUUUGGAGUCAAAUAGGAGAAGAGGACGAAUUUAGCCGACAGAGCAGACCAUACUCGAGAGAAUUUUGGAGUAGCCGUGAGGUUAGCAUUGAUCGUGAUGGUGGGUGUAAUGGGGAGAAUAAUGAUGAUGGCGAGACUGAUUUCUGGAAUAACGAAAACGGGCCAACGGAGGCAAUCGAUCUAUGGAAGGCUGACGAAAACGUAGAGACUUUCUUAAAACAAUGCACCAAUGAACACAAAAAGGAUUCAAUACAAUUUUGGCAAUGCGAAAACGAAAGAGUAGUUCACGACUUGUUUAACAAGCGAAAACAUAGCAUCGACACUGAUAGGGAGGAUAUAAAUUUGGAUGAAAAUAAUAACGCUAGUACCUGGAGCAAAAUGCGAACAAUAGGUCAGGAAGAACAUAGCGGUAAUUCUCCAAGCGGUAGUAAACUUAAGGAAGACACAAUCGAUAAUAUGGAAGAGGAAAGUUCUGAAGAUGAAAGCGAAGACGACAGUGAAGAAUAUGAGACAACUAAUACUUCGAAAGAGGAAUCCGAUUUAGAGGCUAGUGAGACGCAACAAGAUCAGAGUAUGUCGCAGGCAGCAGUUAAAGAGAAUGCACUUAAUGUUGUUUUGAAAACUGUACCGACUUUAGAAAAGGUAGAUCACAAGUGUAACAGCAUUUUAAACAAACUUACUGAUAUUGCUAAAACGGAUGAUAAAAAGCUCUCAGUGCGAGAUCGAAUAUCGAUUUUCGAAAUUCAGUCCUCAAAUACACAGCCUGAAACCUCUAAACGACAAAAACUUGGCGAUUCCACAAACCAUUCGAUACCUACACUAGUACAGAAACAGGUUUGUGACGAAUCCGAAGCGGAAGAUGAUUCUGGCGUUACGUCGGAUAUAAGCAAACAUAUAUCAGAAGUGGAAACGGAUUCGGAAUGUUUCCCCGAAAUGCGAAAAAUGACACGUUACCAGCGAGCGGCGACACAUUCCAGAUUAUUCAAACUUUUGCAGGACGAAAGUAAUAAUGGUGAUAGCGAAGACGAUGAAGUCCAACAAACGCAAUCAGUAGAAUGUAGCAAGCAGAAUUAUGGACAUACUAAAAGCUCAUGUCAUCCGACUUUGAUUAAUUGCAAAGAAUCAUCUUUCGAGGAUAAUUCCAGUAUAUCGAACACUGCCACCGAUCGAAGAGAUCGCUUAUCACUGCCAAUCAGACAUCAGUCUUCAUCUGGUAUCGAAAGUUUAUCGUCUUCCGCAUCCUCCGCAUCUCCUGUAUCAGGAGUUGGCAAUGAAAAACUUGCCGAAGAGUUAGUACUUAGUUUAUUAAUGAAAAAGAAGGGUAGAUUGUUCCGCAAUUUGCCCUUGGAGAAGCUUCAUGCAGCUGCCUUAAAGAUUCUCCAGGAAGAUUUAGAGUCGAAUGUUACUAUCAGUUCUAAUGAAGAUAACAUAAUAACUGUCGAUUCAACACCUGCCAUAACUCCACAGGAGUUUAAAUCUGAUUAUCGGAACUCGUACUCCGAGUACUACGAAACCUGGAACGAAGCAAAUAGACCCACGUCCCCUCAAGAUACAAGCAACCAUCUGGAGACGUUACCUUCAAAGGCGUUUCGAAACUUACAGGAGCAUACAGCGAACCGAAAAUCAACUAACUGGUCCGCUAAAUGUCCGCGCGUUCUUAGUAACAAGAGCAUAUCACGCCUAGCGGAAGUUCGAGAAUCCGAUUCCCCUGAACCGGGUUCGAUUUCUCGCUCACGUCCUGCGUCACGUGCAUCCAGUCACUCUGUGCCACCGUGUCUGGACUGA